GAUAGAAGGCAAAGUGACACUUUCCUGUUGGUGAGCCGUACACAGGCCUCCCGUGUGCUGUGUGUGUCCUCUGCAAACACUGAUUGAACCGCGGGCGUUGCCAUGGCUACACGCAGACCCAAUGAGAAGCUCGCGGUAGACUGUUGCUGAAUGAAAAUAACAGAGGCCAUUUUGCGAACGAAGCCAAGACAUCAUUCACUAAUAACGAAAAACGGAAACGGAGGCAGAGCCGGUCCAUUUCUGGACUGACGCCGCUUCUCUUCUCCAGAGUCGCUAGGGUCGGGACUGCGGCGCGGCUCGCGCAUGUAGUCGAGAAAGAAAGGCAGGCGGUAACUUAAUUGUGCCGCCUUCUCCUUGGAGUGUCUUAAGGAGAGGGGACAGGUUAUUUUCACCGCAUUGCUGUCCGAGGCCCAGUGACCCCCCGGGAGAGAGGGAGUAGCCUUCAGUCAAGGUUGGCACAACAUCCAUGCGCGUUGAAAACAGGUGUACGGUUUCAUCACACAGUAGCUCCCGAAGCCGCCGUAGCUUCACGGUGUGUGUCACUUCUGCGCCUGUCCGAGGACUUCACUCGUUUUAUAUGGAAAAGACAUGUUAUUAGACAUGUUUCGGGAAUUUGUCCGGUGAGGUGGCAGCUGUGUUAAGGCAUUGAACGGGGAUCUUGGGACUAAAGCUUGAGCGGGAGGAGAUACUUGUCCUGAGCAGAGGAGAGAAAGUGGAAGGCACGGGGGGACUUUUAAGUCACAACGCCAUACGUGACUCUUCUUAGCACUUCUCCAGUCUUUUGGGUUUAUGACGGAAAGUGUGUACCCCUGCUGCCGAUCAGUAAGAAGUGCUCUUCAAUAUGAAUACAGAUAGCGGAGGAUAUGCUCGCAAAUGUGUGGCCUUGUCACUCAUGCUCUCUCCCAUGAAGAGGGUCCAGAGCUCACCAAAUCUAGCCACAGGGAGUGAUUCUCACUCAUCGGACUUGGAUUCUUGGCGGUCACACAGCGCAACAGACGGCCUUAAAAACGGAGAUGCUAGCAGCUCAUCGCUUGCUGCCAAAGGCUUUCGCAGCGUCAGACCCAAUCUGCAGGACAAAAAGUCCCCCUCACAGGAUAUCAGUCCAUUGCCAUUGCCACCCCCCAGAAAAGAGAGUUUUCACUUCUCGCCUGCAGGCACUAAUCCUCAAAAUUACAGUUCCCGUAUUGGCCUGGCUAAUGAUUUGAGUCCUGGAAUGCUAACAAUCACUAAAAAUGAGCAAGCAGUCUUGAAAGAGUCCUACACUGUAAGAAGCACAUCAUCCUACUCAUACUCAGAAACCAGUGCAAACACAGUCCAGCAGCUGAAUGAGUCCGUUGUCUCGAAUGACACAAGCAAUGCUAAUACAAAAGAACGUAAGGUGUCUUCCCUUACACUAACUCCUGUCACCAUCCCUGAUCCUCCUGCACACCUCAAUUCUUGUGUUGAUCCCCAACAUAAGACCCAAACCACAGGGUCCCCUCCACUCACUUCCUCACCUCCACAAAGAAGUCCCAUCCUAUCUCAACCCGUGACACAGACAGCUUCCAUUUCUGUCCGCUUGGACAAAGAGAAUAAAAAAAAUCCUGCUUCAUCUAAGACAAACUCCAAAGUGGAACUCGAGGUCUCAGAUCAAAUGGCAGCUCCAGCUCCAUCCCAGGUGGAGAUGACGAAGCCUCCUCCUGCAAUUCCACCAAGGCCUUCUCCUGCAAAACUGUUGGGGCCUCCCUCGCCUGACCCCACAGCACGGCACUCCCCCUAUCGCUACCACAGCUCAGAGUCACUUGACUACCUGUCAGGUCUAAUGCCCAAGGCACUAUCACCCACUCCGUAUGUCCCAAGUGGAGCUGGUGGCACAGCUGGUGCGGCCAGCGGGCCAAGCCACGGCGCAGUCAGCAGUGUGAGCUGUGCCUCGCCCUCGGCUUCCCCCGUUACCGUGUCAGCUCUCAGCCACUACUCGACAUCCACGGUCGGUCUGCUGGACGAGCUGCAGAUCUGUAGCCUGGACUCGCCUGUCGCCUCACCCACGCCAUCGCCCACUCUGAGCCAUGUCUCUACCUACACGCCCACUGCUGGCCGUGAUGAUGUGCUAACAACCUCUGUGGCCUCCACUGCUGCAGCAGCCACUUUCACUAAUGGCCAGGUUCUUUCUCACGCAAUGAAUGGAAGUACUAGCCAUCCACAUAGGCCGCUGUCUCCCCCGUCAUAUCCUCCACCUCCUGUCUCACUCCACACGGGGCUUCAGAGACAGAGCAGGAGUUCAGAGGGCAGUGAAACAGUCACCAGAGAGUCUGUGAUGUCAGGGCACACCAGCAUCAGCAGCACUGUGCCCAUUGCCCGUUUCUCAGAAGAAGAAAAGAAGGUGUCGGUCAUUAAAGCCCCCCACUACGAAGGCAUCGGCCCAGUUGAUGAGUCAGGCAUUCCUAUCGCCAUCCGCACGACGGUGGAUAGGCCCAAAGACUGGUACAAAACUAUGUUCAAACAGAUUCACAAAGUUCACAAAGCAGAUGACGACUAUUCCGACACAUACAAUGCUUCAUAUGCUCUCGUAAACAAUGAUAACUACAGCCUGUCAUCCAGCACCACCAUGGCCCACCCUGCCCCUCGGACACAUACGUACAGGCCUCUGUCCAAGAGCCCCUCAGAUAACAAUGAAGGGCAUCUUGGACCUCGGGAGCUUUCACCAUCCCCUGUACCCCCACCACCUCCACCCAUGCCAUCCCUUCUCCAACUGAGGGCGAGAGACAGUGAUCGCGAGAGGGACUUGACAGACGCCAAUGAAUGGGGUCCUCCAGACCGAAAAGUGGACACGCGAAAGUACCGCGCAGAACCCAAGAGUAUUUUUGAGUACGAGCCUGGGAAGUCCUCUAUCUUGGAGCAUGAAAGACCAACCUAUGAUGACAUAGAUUUAGAGAACGAGCCUUGGUAUAAGUUCUUUUCCGAGCUGGAGUUUGGGCGGCCGCCUCCUAAAAAACGGCUGGAUUAUAAUCCAGACAUCUCCGCUCGCCAGCGCAUUGAGACAUCCCUCCACAUCACUCCUGCUGACAAGGCUCCAGAGAGACCUGCAAGUGCUGCCAGUGACUACAGGAAGAGAAGGAAGUCUGAGCCGUCAAGCUCCCAAGUGAAUGCUCCAUCUCAGAGCCGAGCUGCAACUUCCCCUAAACCAGUGGAUGCCUACAGACCCAGCAGCAGCCUAAAGAAACCCGUCAUUCGUUCCUCACCAUCCUCACCCUCCAGAGCCAAAGGUGGGGACGCAUGCAGCAUGUAUUCAAACAGUUUGACCUCUCCAGGUCCUUAUCAGCAGCCCUUUGUUCCCCCAGUCCCAUCUGACCCUCUCAAUUCAAAUGAGGAUGGCAGCCAAGAUGGCAGCUCUUCCUCCAAACAGUCUGUCUGUUGUAAGAACAGCUGGCAGACAAAACGCCAGAAUGCUGAGACGUGGAGCAGUGCAGAGGAAGCGCCAGCUUCUCCUGCCAAGCUAAAGUCACGCAGUUGUGAUGACCUACUCAACGAUGGGCGUUCUAGCUCGGGUGGACGAAAUGCUACCCGCUCAGAGAGUGCUGGGUCACUGGUAUGCGAUGGAAAUCUCUCCACAGUAUCAUCAUCUACUCGUUCAUUACCCCGUCUCCAUCGACGACGAGCACACGACUCGCCGGGCUUUCUCCAGCUCUAUCGAAAGAUGCACCAGAUCGACAGAGCUCAGCUAAUUCCAUCUGAAGUCAUCCGGUCGGUCCGUGCGCGCAUCCUGGAUCUAGAGCGUCAGCCUCAUCUGCUUCGGCAUCGCCUCUCUCCUUGGACACCCUCCUGGGGUGUGGAAGUGCCACGUGAUAUGGUGCCAAACCGCAUUUCUGAAUAUGAGCGUCUUAUUCAGAAAUCCAAAUCCAUGCCUAACUUGGGUGAUGGCGAGGUGCCUUCAGGCACCACUACACCAGGUGGCUCAUCAUCUCGAGCUAGCAGUGGUGGUGGUGUCACACCCAGUUAUCCAAAACGCCGUUUUUCAAUAGAGUCUUUACUGGAAGAAGACAACAAUGGAAACAGUGGAACAGUACCUCAAACCAUGGAUCACUUACACCGACCUCGUAGCCCCCCUGAGGGACAGCCUCGUGUUGGACCAGACCCCGGGCGUGGACGGUCCUUCCCCGCUCCUCCUGUUCUCCAAGGCCCCCAAGCCAACCCAGACUAUUCUGACAGUGAACAAGACGCUGUUGCCUCUGACCUCAGUGACUUCAUUCAGGUUGAAGGCUCGUCAUUUUGCAGUGAGAGUGACUUUGACCAUUGCUCACUAACCUCCUCUGAGAGCCUAUACGGCUCUUCCACCCUCCACCACCAUCACCACCACCUCCGUCACCACCACCACCAUCACCACCAUCAUCCUGGUCACCAGAGUCUUGGCCAGAGCCAAGGCUACCAACACCGCCAUCUCAUCAGCACCUGCAAAGGCCGCUGCCCGGCUUCAUAUACCCGUUUCACAACCAUGAUACGUCAUGAGCGGGAACGCGCGCGACAGGAGCACCAGAGACCUUCACAGCAGACCCGCAGCAGCCAUUCCCAAAACCAGAGCUCACAAUCCCAGCAAUCGAUGUCCAAGCUGGCCUUCCUGGUCAGUCCAGUGCCUUUCCGCAGGAAAAAGGGCUCACCACCUACCUCUAGAAGAUGCAGUGGGGGCGGAGGUCGAGGUAGCAGACCCAAGUCUAAACAGGCAAUUUACGAAGCGCUAGAUGCAGCCUUGAGAGACAUAUAUGAGCACAUUCAAGCAGAGAGAGGCCACAGAAAUCCUCGGGCACCUGAUGAUAGCAUCCUGAGAAGAAUCUUGGCAGAACUGCUGCCAAAUGUGCCAGAACGCAGCUCCUCGUUGCGGGGAAGGAGGGGGUGUUGGCACGGCGGUCACUCCUCUGCAUCGUUGUACCCAGACAGUAGCCCCACUGGGUAUGCCUCAUAUAGAGGAGAGCCCUCAACACCACGGUUACAGUCACCACGGAUACAGUCACCAAUCAGUGCCUGUUAUGGACGACAGUUGGAGACCUCAAACAACAAUGAUUAUGGAGAGGAGCAGGGCAAUGGAAAUGGUCUCUGUUAUUCAGGUGGAAAUAACACACAUGUAACACCUCAGAUACACACUACACUUAGCAGUCACUUAACAUGAGUGUGUUUCACAACAAAUACAUGCAUGCAUACAAGCAUAAAUACACGAAGGCACAUAUACAUCCACUUACAUUUAUCUCAGUGUCUCUUUCAGUUUUGUCUGCACUCGUUGCCCAGUUCUCUUCAUUGAUCUGCCGACACUUCCAUUACCAUGCUUUUCUGUUUAAUUGUAUGGCAUUGAUUAAGACCCAUUUACUGUAAAUUCUUGAGACAAAUCUGGCUUUUUUUUUAUUUUGUUAAGUUAAUGUGAGUGAAGCUUCCUGCUAUUUUUUUAGUAAAAUAAGAGGACAGUGCUUCUGCUUUAAUUUGAAACACUGCACAGAAUGUGGAGUUUUAUUGGCAGAUCCUCAAUGAACAGAUGAAGAAAACAGUGGAGAAGCUGAACUAUUACAGUGAAAUAGUACAAAAGUACAGUGAGGGAUACAAAUAACAUGGUCCAAGUAUAAUAAGUCUGUUUUAGCACUGAUGAAAAGGGUUUGAAACAGGAGAGGGAUUGUUUCAAAUGCUGGCUUUGUUUUCUGCAAUUUUGGAAGACAGAUAUUUGAGAAUUUACAGUAUAUUGCUCUGUAAUCCUGUCUCAAAGAUGUAAUAUUUCUUUACACCUUACUUUUAGGCUCCUAAUGAACGAGUCAUUAACUGGAUUUUGGAGUUUGGCUAUACAAAGAAUUGAAUUCUCUCACCAGAAGCCGAGGUUUACGUGUAGACUUGAAUUUAUAGUUGGGUUUAGGCAGUGAUAAAGCUUGUUUUGUGUCUCAAAUCAUAAAACAGAACAGGAUGUGUAGUUACUUCAGGUGGAUAUUGAUCAAACACUUUUGUUUUAAAUGUGUUGCCUGUGAAUGUGUUCAAAAAAAUCUACUUUCAUGUUCAGAGUAAGAAAUAAUAAUCUGGUUACAGUUUCCUUCAAACUGAAUUUGUUAUUUCAGUUUAUUUGUAAAGAAAUAUAACUUCUAAGAGACAAGGUUGAUGUUUGGGGUAAAUUGUUGUGAAUGUUCCUUUUUUUUUUUUUUUUUAAUGCAUUUUGUUUUUCUUGUAUCAUUUGUCUGUUUCAAACAUUUAAUUAUAGUUAUCGCAUUAUUACCAGGUCAUUUUCUUUCCCGUAAUCCUUUUGAUCCUACGUUUUUGUUGUUUGCCAUAUUUUUUUGCUCUGUAUUCCCCGUGUUUCAUUUUGUUUUCCGGGUAUUUUGUAGCAUCGCAUGUGUCUAUUUGUGCUGUUGUCCAAUCACCUUGUUUUCUCCAAUGAAAAACAAAUAAAACACACCUGUUUAUGACCCAAGCUUCCAUUCCCUCAUUUACCUGUUUGAGUGGCAUCAUCACUGUUUCCCAGAUCACACUUUGUAUUGUAGGUGAUGUGGCAUGUUCGCUUAGUAACUCCUGUGAACCUUUUCAUGUGUCUCUGCUAA